AUAGUCACGGAAUUUUAGAGAGGAAUCUAAGGGUUGCGUGUGUAAGUCGUCUCUACAAUGGACGCUAUAACAUUCCGCUUGGCAGAGCCUGACGACUUCGAUGAAAUCGUUAAACUUUCUAAAGGAAUCUAUGAAGGACACGACUAUCUACCGUUAAAGUUUCACAAGUGGCUUCAAACAAACAAUAUGGCCGUCAUUCUGGCUCAUUCCAGCGACAACAAACUGAUUGGUUUAGUGGCAUACUCCAUUGUCGACGAUCAUCAAACAUUUGUUCGCCGCGCAGAACGCAUUCAUCAAGAUCUUCGUGGCCAGGGUCUUGUCAGAAAGCUCAGGGAAUAUGCGAGAAACCAUGCCAGACAGCGCUUUCCAAACCUAACACGAGUACGAUUUACGACCACAAGUGAGAAUGUGAAUUCUCAGCAUCAUAGAAAACUCCAGGAAUGGAAUAUUCUUGCAUAUGAGGUUGAGAUAAAAUACUGCAGGCAGGCGCCAGCGCCCAUGAAAAAAUCGGUCGAGAUCAAAUCAUACUCACGUGAAUAUUUCACGGAUAUUAUUCUUUCUAGCCUCGGAAGAGCAAAACUUUUUCCUCGAGAUGUCAUCGUCGUGAAUUAUUUUCCUUUUGAACCUCUCCGAUCGAAUAUCGAUCAAAUUUUGGAAGAUAGAAACGAACUUUUUGGCGAAGAUUGCGGCGAUGAUUCUAUGCCUCGAUCGUUCAGUUUUGGAACUUAUUUGCCGACAGAGAAGUUCUUAGAUUGGCAAGCUGUGAUUUAUACAGAUGACCCUGCUCUUUAUGAAGCUCAUCUUUUAUGUCAAUUCAAGCGUGCAUGCGAAUUCAUUAGUAGCGAUUUUGUUUUCGUGUCUCUUCAUGACAAGAGCUGGACUGAACUCACUAAAAACGUGAUGGAGGAACAACUACAGUUAAAAGUUCAUGGAUUAAAAGGGAUGAUGUAUCUAUAUGAGAAAGAUUUAACGAGCUAAAACGCUUUUGAAUAAGUGUUAAAUUUAGCCAUCCCUUCCCAGAUAUUGUAUUUGACCGUCACGCGACGCAUAAAUAAUUGCAUGUGUCACGAAAUGAGCUAGGAUGAAAAUUAGAACCCAAAGCCGAAUAGGAGACGUGGGUUUAGUUAAAUUUUUUUUUAGGUAUCGAAAUUAAGGAAGUGUGUCUUAGUGAACACGGUUUAGCUCUUUUGGCCCUAAUGUUAUUAAUAACCUUCACCGAUUAGUUGGUUGUCAAGCGUGUAAGUCAUGUAGAAGCCAGACGUUUCACGGCCAAAUGGUUACAAGACACAUCAGUUGCAAUUACACGGUUAGAACAGAUUCGAGAUUAGCUUGUAAGUAUAAAGGAACUGAAAACCGGAUCCAAUAGAAAGGAUUUAUUUGUAGGAGAUAUGACACUAAAAUACUCAUUCUCAGCACGUUUGUUCGACUUUCUGUCCUUAAAUUAAGUUUGUAUUCAUUCGCUCUUUCCUUAAGUGUUAUUUAGUAUUUAACACAAAGGUGAAAAAUGCUUUUUGCGCGCGCUGAUUGGGUUGGUCAGAAGUGAACAGCAAGUUCUAUUCACCUCCUAGCAGCCGAUGAGUUAAAAUCGCCCACAAGAGUUUAA